CUUGUCAUCCUUAACAGUUUAGUUAGAGAAGGGGUGAUAAGGAAAGUGGAGUGGAAGUUCGAACACGUUAGUGGGUUUACCCAUGCCCUGAUUGUAUUCCUUGUUCGUUAUGAUCUAAAUCUGGCCUUUCACUUAUUACUAUGAAUGAAUUUUAGUUGACCCAAGUUUGAAAAUAUUUAUCAUACUAUGGCUGUUCAAGUGGUGAUGGAUAAAAAGGUAUAUCGUGUCGGGUCAAGAGAAAGUGAGUUAGCCUUGAUUCAAACGAAUUUGGUCAUUGAAUACCUUCAGGAAAAGUAUCCUAAAUGCAAAUUUGAUAUAGUAACUAUGUCUACUCUUGGUGACCAGAUUUUAGAUAAACCACUACCAAAAAUCGGUGAAAAAAGUCUCUUUACCAAAGAGCUUGAGACUGCAUUAGAAAAUGGAUCAGUAGAUUUUGUAGUUCAUUCUUUAAAAGAUAUGCCAACAUCCCUUCCUAAUGGUCUUGCCAUUGGAGCUAUUCUUGAGCGUGAAGAUCCCAGAGAUGCUAUUUUGCUUAAUACGAAACUAAGAGGAUCUACUUUAUCAUCAUUGCCUGAAAAUAGUGUAAUAGGAACCAGUUCCCUUAGAAGAACUGCGCAAUUGAGACGAAAAUAUCCUCACUUAGUUAUCAAAGAUAUUCGAGGAAAUUUACAAACUAGGCUUAGGAAACUUGAACAAGGCCACUACGAUGGGAUUGUUCUAGCUGCAGCUGGAGUUAAUAGGAUGGGCUGGGAGCAUCAUAUAUCAAAGAUUUUAGACAAUGAUGAAAUGAUGUAUGCUGUAGGACAAGGUGCUCUUGCCGUUGAAUGUAGAUCAAAGGAUUGUAAAUAUUUUUCUUCUUUGAACCAUGAAGAGACAGUUUUGAGGACAAUAGCUGAAAGAAGUCUGCUUUGUGCUCUAGGGGGUGGUUGCUCUGCCCCAGUUGCUGUUUGUUCCGAAUAUAAAGAUGAAACAUUAAAACUAACGGCUGCUGUUUGGAGCUUAGAUGGUCAAAUUACUGUUCACAUGGAUGCAGAAUGUGAUAUAAAUGAAAAAGUGGAUGAAAGUAAACGAUUACCAUUGUAUUGUGGAAUAAGUGAUUGUGGACUAAAUCAACAAAAAGUGUUGAGAGCUUUCUGUUUGGGAUCCGAUUUGGCUAAAAGCAUGUCUGAAAAGGGAGCCCUUCGUAUUAUAGAAGAAGCCAAAGCCUCUAUUGCAGCUACCAUUUAAUUUAUUUAUCAAUUAAUUAGUUACAUUAGUGCUGGAAUUAUUUUUAUAUCGAAUAUAAAAAUAUGUAUAUUUAUGUGAGUUUUAGUCAAUAGUAAAAAUGGUUCUAAUGUGUCGAAAGAUUUAUAUUUUUUGUUAAUAUUUAUUAUUGUUAUUGUUAUUUUUAGAUUUUAAUUAUUUGGUUGUCGGCAUUAAUUUUUUUAUAAUUAAAAAAAUUGGUAUGAAUACCGUAGAAAAUUUGUCUUCUUUUUUUUCAUGGAAUCAUUGGAUGACCUGAUUAUGAUUCUAAUUUAAAAAAAAAUUCUAGUGCUAAGAGGAUUUGUUACUAAUUUUAUCAAUCCAGAUGAUUGUUAUUUGAUAAUUUGUUCAAUUUUUUGUUUUGUUUUUCAUAAUUAGUAUAAUAUACUAUUUGAUAAGACAAAGGAUUCAAACUAUUUGUAUUGAAAUUUUACUUAUUAUCUUAAAUUUUAAUUUAAUGAAAUGAUACUUUAAAUGUAUGAAAUGUUUAAAAGAAAAAAAAGAAAGAAAUUUAAUGAUCUGUUAUAAUUAGUUAUUAUGAUGGAAUCGGUUAAUCAUGUGUGCCUUAUCAAGUGCUGCAUUCAUUAUUCUACUGUAGAAUUUUCAUAUUUUAUAUACUAUUGAAUACUUACGAAUUAAUUAGUACAAUUACUAAGUAUUAGUAAUUAAUAUGUACAAAUUCAAUUCAAUUCAUAUAUGAACAGACUAAUGUUGUUUGUUCAAUUGUACAGCCUGCCAAUUAACAAUACAACUUACCAAAAAGGCUAAGUUCAAGUCUAAGGAUAGCAGAGCCUUCCCUCCUUUCCUUACGAUAAUCAUUCUAUGUUACGUUACUUUUAAUAUAAGACUGAGUCAAAUGACAAAUCUUUAAUUUAACUAGGGGAGUUGAGGGAAAGUCGGCUACCUAUUUAUUGAGAAUUACAUAGUGCUCAAAAAUAAAUUUCAAACCUAAUGUGACAUUUUGUUUACAUAACUUGAAUUCUGUUUUACUGCACUCUUAAAUAUAUAUAUAUUUUUUUUGUUAUUUGGACUUGAUAGUGUUCAUUCGUUUUCCUACUGUGAAUUAUGUUUAUAAUUUUUAAACAUUGUUAUAAUACUUUGUAUUUAGUUCAUUAUAAGCAAUAAAGAUAUAUGACUUUUGUACUUAAUAUGAUUUGGCUACUUAAGUGAUAUAAUGUUUUUUAUUUGUAA